ACCUCUCGGAGAGCUCCUCGUAAAACCACCUAAACCCUAACCGCCGAUUCCUCUCCAGUCUCCAGCUCGAUCGCAAUCGGAGUCAUCCAUGGCAGCCGCAGCGCCGCUUGAUGAGAUCAAGGCGAAGAGCGUCCUCCGCCAGGUGGAGUUCUACUUCAGUGACAGCAACCUCCCCAGGGACAAGUUCCUGCGAGAGACGGUCGAGCAGAGCGACGAUGGCUUGGUUAGCUUGGCUUUGAUAUGCUCCUUCUCGCGGAUGAAGUCGCACCUGGGGCUCGACGCCGCUGUGAAGCCUGAUACUGUGCUGGAGGAGACCGUGCUCGCGGUCGCUGAGGUGCUCCGGGGGUCUUCGUUGCUCCGCGUAUCUGAGGAUGGAAAGAGGAUUGGUAGAGCUAGUGAGCUGUUGAAGCCAGAUGAGAUCAUAGAGCAAGUAGACUGUAGGACAGUUGCUGUAUCGCCACUGCCUUAUAAUGUAAAGCUGGAAGAUGUCCAAUCUUUCUUCACACAAUAUGCAAAGGUGAACAGCGUGAGACUGCCACGCCAUAUUGCAAACAAAAAACACUUCUGUGGCACUGCGUUAGUCGAGUUUUCUAAAGAAGAGGAAGCAACAAAUAUUUUGGAGAAUAGUUUGGUUUUUGCUGGGGUGAAUUUGGAAAUAAGACCAAAGAAGGAGUUUGAUGCUGAACAUGAGUCUAAAAAAGAAAAAUAUGAAAAGGCACACCCUAUCAAGGACUGCCAGGAUGAAGGCUAUCCGAAAGGCCUAAUUGUGGCCUUCAAGUUGAAGAAAAUUACGGUUGAUUCCGCGGCGCAACAAAAUAACAUAGACAAAGUGAAUGACUCUGCCACCAAAUUAGAAACUUCCAAUUCUAUGGAGAAACCAUCAGGGGAGGGGUCUGAGGAGAGGAUCCUUGAGAACAGUGAUACAAAGGAAGAGAAGUCCUCAAAUGACAUGACCAAAGACAAAGGGGUAAACACUAAGGAAGGUACAGAAUCUGAGGAGAACUGCACUGGCGAUGCCUUGGUAGAAAGUGAAAAGCGUGGCGAUAGUGAAUCAUUGAGCAGGGAUGGCAGAAGAGUUUCUGGCAAUAUGAAGAACCCAAUCUCAAGGGAGGAUCUAAAAGAAGCAUUCAAAGAAUUUGGAACUGUUCGGUUUGUGGACUUCAGCAUUGGGGAUGAUUCAGGAUACCUUCGCUUUGAAGAUUCUAAGGCAGCUGAAAAGGCACGUGUGUCUGCUGUACUAGCUGAUGAAGGUGGCUUGAUGAUAAAAGACCACAUUGUUACUUUGGAGCCCGUGACCGGUGAAGCUGAGAAGGCUUAUUGGAACACAAUUCGCGGCAUUCAAGAGAAGCACAAGGAUAAUAGAAGCUACAAGGGAAGGGCCGGAAAGAAUUACAGAGGAGGAAAGCAGUUCAAUGGGAAGCGAGGGAGGAACACCGACUCUGAGAAGAAUUCUAAUAAGGCCCAGAAGGUCUAAGCUGCUGCGUGAGGUUAAUUUAGUUUAAACAUCAGUGCUGGUCGCGUGUAAAAAAAAAACCUCCAUUGCUGGUCGGGCAUCAGGUUGUGCAGAGAGCAUUGUUAAUCGUUUUAACGAGGUCUGGAGGUCAAAUGACAUGUAUUCAUCACAAAGGAGGAACAAACUAAGCAUAUGUAGUAUUGGAAAGAAUCAGAGUAACAAAAAUGAGGAAUGUGGAUUUCCAUCAGUACCCAAUUUAUGAUACGGACAUCUAAGGGAGAGUUUGGACGAAGCCUGUAUUCUAUGUGUUCUGAAGGCAUUCACUUAGGGUGUGUUUAGUUCAUGAGUUAUAUUUUUGGAUGGGAUAUGACUUCAAUUUUUUUAGAUGUUCGGUUGGAGGGCAAUUUGAAUGGUAUGACUAAUUUGAGGAAAUAUGUCUCUGAAAUGCUGUCAAAAAAUGUUUGACGAAGCUA